UGGUGAGUGUGGGCAGUGCGGCCUCUGCAGAGUGAGGCGCGGCGCUCCCUUCUUGCCUGUUGCUUCUUCCUCCUCCUAUCCGGGGCCCGCCCGCGCUCGGGUGGGGGUGCUGUGAUGCGUGAGACAGCCGGGGGAGGCCCGGAGUCCGAGACUGCUUGAGCGAUACGCACACGCCUCUCGUGGGCCCCCCCCACGUAGGUGCGGGGAUCUGGUUGAAUCCCAAGGCUAGCGUGGACUCGAGUCGAGUCUUCCCCCGGCAACUAGAGCACGUGGUGCGGCGUCUGCGCGGGCUGGUGGUGGGGUCUUCGAGACUAGCCUCCUGCCGGACGGGGUGGGUUCAGGAAGCUUCUGGAACGGACCUGUAUCCAGACUUGUGGUUGUAGAAGACAUCCUCUGAUAGGAAGAUGUCUUCAGGAAAUGCUAAAAUUGGGCACUCUGCCCCCAACUUCAAAGCCACAGCCGUUAUGCCAGAUGGUCAGUUUAAAGAUAUCAGCCUGUCUGACUACAAAGGAAAAUAUGUUGUGUUCUUCUUUUACCCUCUUGACUUCACCUUUGUGUGCCCCACGGAGAUCAUUGCUUUCAGUGAUAGGGCAGAAGAAUUUAAGAAACUCAACUGCCAAGUGAUUGGUGCUUCUGUGGAUUCUCACUUCUGUCAUCUAGCAUGGAUCAACACACCUAAGAAACAAGGAGGACUGGGACCCAUGAACAUUCCUUUGGUAUCAGACCCGAAGCGCACCAUUGCUCAGGAUUAUGGGGUCUUAAAGGCUGAUGAAGGCAUCUCGUUCAGGGGCCUUUUUAUCAUUGAUGAUAAGGGUAUUCUUCGGCAGAUCACUGUAAAUGACCUCCCUGUUGGCCGCUCUGUGGAUGAGACUUUGAGACUAGUUCAGGCCUUCCAGUUCACUGACAAACAUGGGGAAGUGUGCCCAGCUGGCUGGAAACCUGGCAGUGAUACCAUCAAGCCUGAUGUCCAAAAGAGCAAAGAAUAUUUCUCCAAGCAGAAGUGAGCGCUGGGCUGUUUUAGUGCCAGGCUGCGGUGGGCAGCCAUGAGAACAAAACCUCUUCUGUAUUUUUUUUUUUUUCCAUGAGUAAAACACAAGACUUCAGAUUCAGCUGAAUUGUGGUGUGUUACAAGGCAGGCCUUUCCUAUAGGGGGUGGAGAGACCAGCCUUUCUUCCUUUGGUAGGAAUGGCCUGAGUUGGCGUUGUGGGCAGGCCACUGGUUUGUAUGAUGUAUCCGUAGAGCAACCCAUUAAUCUUUUUGUAGUUUGUAUUAAACUUCAACUGAGACCUUGA